AUGUCCCGUGCAUGUCAUCCUCAGUGCCCAAUCCGGCGGAUUUUCCCGAUUGGUGGAAGAUUGUCUGCUCUCCCUAGGGAUAGCAGACCACCUGCCUUCUUUCUUGCUGGCGACAGUACAACAGCCACUCAAUCCCCCGGCGGCGGAGGCUGGGGCGAUGGCUUCCUCAACACCACCCUGCACCACGGUGCAUAUGGUAGAAACUACGGGCACAAUGGAGCAACAACAGUGUCUUUCCGGGCUGGAGGCGACUGGAAUAACGUUCUCUCCUCGGUGAAGCAGUCAAAAAGUGAAUACAACCCCUACGUGACCAUUCAAUUCGGACAUAACGACCAGAAACCAGCGAAGAAUAUCUCUCUAGCGCAGUAUACGGCGAAUCUGGAGAAAAUGGCGUCGGAGGUGAAUAGUGCCGGUGCUACGCCUAUCCUUGUUACGCCGUUGUCUAGACGAAGUUAUGAUGAUUCAACCGGGUCACCACGGAUUAUCCUCAGCCUGGCCAAUGAAACAGCGGCAACGAUUACGGCUGCCAAACACAUCGGGGUAGCUUAUAUCGACUUGAAUAAAGCCAGUACAGAGUACCUGAACAGCAUCGGUCCAGACAAGGCACACACCUACAAUCUGAAAGCGGAUGAUAAUACGCAUCUCAACGUGGCAGGGAGCAAAGUGUUUGGUGGAAUGGUGGCGGAUCUCAUUAUUCGCGAUUUUCCGGGGCUAAAGAAUGCGGGGUUUAUCGGCGUUAAUGCAUCGCUGACAAAGGCCGUCAAAGAAGGAGAGUAUUUCUGGCCGGAUUAUUGA